AUGUUUGAUCCAGUUAAAGCCACAGUGACCUGCACCGAAUCCACAAUGAAGGUUGAGGUUGACAAAGCUUCCUUCUUCGGACUCACCGAGGAUCAUCUUCGCCUCARCGACCCCAGCAACACCMUCUGCAGCCUGCGGAGGCACUCCAACAGCUCUCACAUCGUCGCCRUCGUUCCCCUCAACGAAUGUGGGACUCAGAUCGAGGAAGACGACGACUACCUCAUUUUCAAGAAUGAGAUCACCACGGGCAGCGAUGACCCAAAUGCUCUGAUCACCAGGAAGCACCUGGUGGAGGCCCGGUUCUACUGCCAGUACCCCAAACGGGGGAAUGUGACCCUGAACUUCAAAGUGCACAGAAAGAACGUCACGGUGUGGGAGAAAGGCUUCGGCACCUUCACAUACCAGUUUGAGUUCUACCAAAGCAAUCAGUUCCGGGCCAUGUUCAGUCCAAACUCCUACCCACUGGAGUACAACGCUGGAGACAGGAUCUACAUGCAGCUGGACGCCAGCUCCUCUGUCAACAACACCCAGAUGUUUGUGGAGUCCUGCAGAGCUGCACCGUAUGACAACCCCAACUACCAUCCGACCUACUCCAUCAUUGAGAACGGGUGCAACGUUGACCCGACUCUGCAGAUCCACUCCACCUCCAACGACGGGGAGUUCAGGUUCAGCAUGGAGGCCUUCAAGUUCAUCGGACUGCAUGAUCAGGUGUACAUCAGCUGCACCGUCAUGAUGUGUGAAGCAGGAAACCCCAACACCAGGUGCUCACGGGGAUGCAGCAACUCCACAAGGUCCAGCAGCUUCAGCCGCAGAAGGAGAGAGGCUGUGRUCGAGAGCGGGAUGCACUUCGUUUCCCAGGGUCCUUUGCGUCUGAAGCGUGAGGCRGACCCCAGAGGAGGCUCAGCUGCCAACCUGAACCUGAACCUGGUGUUUGUGGCUGGAUGCCUCCUGGCUGCUGUUGGGAUGGUCUGCGGCGUGAUCAUCUACAAAACCAAAACCUCCAGGGUCAAAUACCAACCUCUGCCUGCACAUGAGAGCUAGAACUGCAGCAUCAGCCGCUGCUGGGAUAACCUGAACGUGGGAUUCUGAUGUUUCUGAAAUAUUAAUUCAAUCUUU